CACACACACACAUUACACGCACACAUUAUUCACGCACGAGUAGCAUACAUAUACGCGCUUGUUACGUAGUUCGAGUGUUCACGGUAAGAUGGCGCUGCCAACGCCGAUAACCAUGGUAACUUACCGACGCGACAAGGCGAGCGCGCGACGCGUGACGCGCCGCAGUCUCGCGCAGUCUGCUGUCGAACGUCGCGCGGAGUGGAUGUGCCGGUUGAUCGUGGUGUCGCGAAAAGUGUAACGGUGCUCGGUUAUGAAUUCACGCGAUCUUGCAUCGUGAUUUCUCUCUUGUCGUCGUAACGAGAGAAUUAUGCCGACUCGGAGAAAUGGGUAACCCGGCGACGCUACUGAUACAGUUUGGUGCCGCAUUCCUCUUCGCAUGUCUCGUGGAUUACAGCCUGGCUCAGGACGAAAUACCAGCCGCGAGAGAAUGCUUCGAGUCCGAGACAGGAUGCAGGAGAUGCAGGGACGGAACGUGCGCCAGAUGUGCCGUGCUGUUACAUCAAGGUACCUGCGUGCAUACCUGCCCACCGGGCUUUGUCGCCGACUGGUCCACCCGAGACGAGUAUAUGGGCCGCAUCUGUCGGGAGACUGGCUAUAUGUUUGGCCUCACCGGUAGCCAGGUCGCGAUUUUAGUAGGGGUGAUUUCCGGCGCGACCAUCUGCAUCUUCAUCAUCGUCUGCGGCGCGAUAGUCGUGCACCGGCGUAAGAAGAAGGCGGCCAAGCUGGCGCAGCAGUUCGAGGACAGCGCUGAGAGAAGAGAAUUUCUGAAACAUCUGGCGACACUCCGUGGAGAUGCUCAUACCUUCCUCGCGAUGCUCAACGACACUAGAAGACAAGUCAGAGAGUUGUACUAUUCGGGAAGUAAUGGAGACGGUGCCGUUGGAAUCCAAGCGUACAGACCAGUGUUGCGUGACCUGGCGAGGAUACUGGUCCUCGUGAAUAGAAGAGACGACGAGAUUCCACUUCCGCCCGACGAUUGGCAACGACUGUUUUCAUGGGCAGAACGGCUGUUGAAAAGAUACAAGAGGCACAGUUCCCCAGAAGUGGCUCAGCUCGUGACGUUUCUCCAGCAGCCGACGAGCAACCCCGUACAAAUGACGUCGUCACUAUCGCCGCAACCAGUCACGGCGUCAUCGCAACCACCGGCUCGUCAACCCAUAUACGAACCUAGAAGCACUCACAGCAAUCUCACAACAUUCCAAGCGAAUGUGCCGCUCGCGACGUUUCAAGCGAGUGACAAGUCGAGUAUUAGUCCUGCGAGCUCGAGUCUCGGUUAUGCAAAGGACAGCAGUCCGCUCGGCUCGAGUCUAGGACAAAACAGCGCUUAUAACGGCGAGAAGCUCAGUCCAAAUGGCUCGACGAUCGGCCAGAUGACUCCCCUGGUCUAUGGAAGCAAUCAGAAGCGCGGUGGAACGAGGAUGACGAGUGACUCGCACCUUCAAGAACUCCAGACAAUUUCCGCGUUUGGUCGCAACUAUAACGGCGACACGUUGUCUUCGGAAAUUAACAACGUCCAUACAUUACGCGACGAGCGCGAAAUGAACGACGGCCUAGAUCGCGACCUAAAUCCCCAAUGGAAAUUUCAAGGCAGUCCCGUGGAAGCGGCCAAUUACACCAUCCUAACGGAUUGGUCACCUACUCGCGACUAUCUCAUCGAUGACUUUACGAUUCUUGGCUUUCGGCCGCAAGACGAGAUCACCACGGAAUUGUAAUAUCGACUGAUACAUAUCUCCAAACAUAAGACUUAAAAAAAAAAUUAGGGUUUCUUGAAUGUAUCGCCAAAGUAUUUUAGACAAUUGGUCUUGUUAACAAUAUUUUUCGAUAACUUUGAUGUUCCAUAUUUGCCAAUGUUUUAUUCGUGGUUUAAUUAUAGCAACAUGGUAGCUUUUGAUUAUUUAAAAUAUAUUGCGUCAAUGUAUCGCAAGCAAUAUUUUUUAACGAUUUAAUACUUUAAGAAAUCUAUUUAUUUGUGUUAAAACAUAAUUAUACACGAAUAAGGCACUGGAAAAUAUUUGUAAUAAAUUAUUAAUGAUCAACGUUAAAACACCGACAAACAUUGCCAAGAAUAUUAAUCAAUCAGGGAAAAAUUAAUCAAUUGUCAUUAAUCAAUGUAAAAAUGAAUCAAUAGUAUGUAAAAUCGAAUUCUUGAUUAUCUUUUUUAGGAUGAUCUAGCGCGAAAUGUUAAACAUCGAUGAUACAUUUUGAACAAAUUUUGUUCUGUCUUUUUGAAACUGUAUCUAUAUCCUAAACAUUGUGUCAUUUUGCGAACGACGCCUUCGAUUUAAACAUAUCCGCGUACAAUGUGUGCAAUAGAAAAAAUCACAAUGAUACCAAAAAAUUGUGAAAAUCUUGUAUAAA